AUGACGACGAGUGCAAAGCUGCGGUCAAACAAGUCCGUCGCCUCCGUCGCAGACAUACGAGAACCAAAGACCCCUACAACUGGAUGUGCUAUUCGGAAGUACGCAACAGUAAAACGCGACUCGUCAAGAAAGACUUGUCAAGAGCGCACCGCCGCCGAGUCCAGCAGGUCGUUGAAGAUGGCCCACAAGGUUUGUGGCGAUUAG